GGGGGUGGCCGGGCCCCCCCAGGGCCCCCCCAGGGCCCCCCCAGACCGCCCAGGCUCCGCAGCCAGCCCAGGCACCAUGACCUGUCCGGCCGCUGAGGGACACCCGGCGCCCGGGGGCCACCAAGAGACCAAAGCCCACCUGGGCUCUGUGACCCACCUGGGCGCCCAGCACGGCUCCAUGGCUCCUCAAGGCUCUGAGGGCCACCAAGAGACCAAAGCCCACCUGGGCUCCGUGGCCACCAGAGGAUCCGUGGCCAGCUGGACCUCUGCGGUCAGCCAGGACCACCGAGAGACUAAGGCCCACCUGGGCGCUGUCACCCACCUGGGCUCUGUCACCCACCUGGGCUUUGUGGCCGACCAGAACGUUGUGGGCAACCAGGACCACCCUGAGCCCGGUGCUGGUGGUGGCCCCGUGGUGCUCUUGGACUCCAAGAUCUCCCAAGGCUCUGAGGAGCACCUGGGGACUCGGCUCAGCCAGGUCCCUGUGACCCACCUGGCGUCUGUGGCCACCCAGGACCACCUGGAGAUGGAGGUGCAUCAGGAAUCUGUGGGCAGCCGAGGUUCUGUGGGCAACCGGGACCACCCAGAGCCCGACACCAACGUCCCCUUGGACUCCAAGGUCAACCAGGGCUCCGUGGGUCAUUCAAACCUGAAGGGCCACCAGGACCCCGUCCCCUCCCAGGCCUCUGAGGACCCCCAAGAGCCCAAGGUCACCCAGGGUCCCGUGGCCAACCAAAAGACCAAGGUCAACCAAAGCCCCGCGACCCCUCCAGGGGCCAAGGUCAACGAAGACCCUGUGGUGUGUUUAGACUUGAGGGUCCACCAAGCCCCGGUGGCCACCCGAGCCCCCGAGGACCCCCGAGACCCCCUGGAGCACCCGGACAGCCAGGCCCUGGUGGCUCUUACAGACUGGAACGUCCACCAAGCCCCCGCGGCCGAGCACAGCCCUGCGGACCCCCGAGAGACCGAGGCCAAGCCCGGCCCUCCGGACCCGAGGGUCCCCCCGGACGCCGCGGCCGAGGGACGCCACCUGGGCACCCGGUGCCACCGACCCCACGUGCCCACCUGGGCCACCCCGGCCGCCCACCCGCGUGCCCAAAUCCCCUCGGGCGCCCGCCUGGGGCUGGUGCUGCUGACUCUGGGCUCCCUCCUGCUGCCCUGCGCCCGGGGCUCGGCGCUGGAGUUCGGGGGCGCCCCGGGGCAGUGGGCACGCUACGGGCGGUGGGCACCGGGUGCGGGGGGCCAACUCAGCUUCCGCCUCAAGACCAACGUGACACGGGCGCUGCUGCUCUACCUGGACGACGGUGGCAACUGCGACUUCCUGGAGCUGCUGGUGGCCGAGGGGCGGCUGAGGCUGCGCUUCGCCAUCGCCUGCGCCGAGCCCGCCACGCUGGAGCCGCCGGCGCCGGUCAGCGACGGCCGUUGGCACGCGGUGCUGCUGACGCGACAGGCGCGGCACGCGGCGCUGGCCGUGGACGGCGAGGCGCGGGCGGCCGCCGUGCGCUCCAAGCGGCCCGACAUGGCCGUGGCCAGCGACCUGUUCGUCGGGGGGAUCCCGCCCGACGUGCGGCUCUCGGCGCUGACGCUCAGCACCGUCAAGUACGAGCCGCCUUUCCGCGGGUGGGUGGCCGACCUGCGGGUGGGCGACGCGCCGGCCGCGCUGCUGGGCGCCCAGGGGGUCCGGGGUGACGGGGACGAGCGUUGCGCCCACCACCCGCCCUGCGCCCACGGCGGCCGCUGCACCCUGCGCCGUGGGGAGCCUCGCUGCGACUGCGCCGGCACCGGCCACCGCGGGCCCUUCUGCGAGGAAGAGGAAGAACCCGCGGUGGAAGGUCCCGCCCACCUGCGAGUCACCGGCCAAGGGCCCGCCGAGGUCGCCGAGGGGGGGCCCGGCCGCGGCGCCGGCGAGAUCCAGCAAGCAGCGAAAGGCCGCGCCGAGUACGUGGCCACCUUCCGGGGCAGCGAGUUCUUCUGCUACGACGUGUCGCGGUCGCCGGUGCAGAGCAGCGCGGACGAGCUGGCGCUGGCGUUCCGCACGCGGCAGCGCCACGGGCUCCUGCUGCACACCGGCCGCGCCGCCGACUUCCUCAACCUGUCGCUCAAGGCCGGCGCCGUGUGGCUCGUCAUCAACCUGGGCGCCGGCGCCUUCGAGGCGCUGGUGGAGCCCGUCAACGGCAAGUUCCACGACGGCGGCUGGCACCACGUGCGCGUCACGCGCAACCUGCGGCAGCACGCAGGGAUCGGACACGCUAUGGUGACCAUCUCUGUGGACGGCAUCCUGACCACCACGGGCUACACGCAGGAGGAUUUCACCAUGCUGGGCUCCGACGACUUCUUCUACGUGGGGGGGUCCCCCAACACCGCCGACCUGCCGGGGUCCCCCGUCAGCAACAACUUCAUGGGCUGCCUCAAGGACGUGGUUUACAAGAACAACGACUUCAAGCUGGAGCUGUCGCGGCUGGCGCAGGAGGGGGACGCGCGGGUGACGCUGCACGGGGCGCUGCUCUUCCACUGCGACCCCCCCCCGGCGCUGGACCCCGUCACCUUCGCCACCCCCCAGGCCCACCUGGCGCUGCCCACCUGGCCCCCCGCCCGCGCCGGCUCCGUCUCCUUCGACUUCCGCACCACGGAGCCCAACGGGGUCCUGCUCUUCGGGCAGGGACCCCCGCGCGACCCCCCCGGGGCCGCCCCCCGCGGGCCGCCCCCGCCGCCCCCCGAUUUCCUGGCGCUGGAGCUGCUGGACGGACACCUGUACCUGCUGCUGGGCAUGGGCGGGGCCGGGCUGCGCCUGCGCGCCAGCGCCCGCAAGGUCACGGACGGGGAGUGGUGCCACGUGGACGUGCAGCGCGACGGGCGCAAAGGCUCGGUGUCGGUGAACAGCCGCAGCACGCCCUUCCUGGCCAGCGGUGACCGGGACGUGCUGGACGUGGGGGCCGAGCUGUACCUGGGGGGGCUCCCCGAGGCUCGCCCGGGACCCCCCGCGCCCCCCGAGCUCUGGGCCGCGGGGCUGCGCCUCGGCUUCGUGGGCUGCGUGCGGGACCUGUUCGUGGACGGGCGGAGCCGCGACGUGCGGGGGCUGCUGACCCCCGGGGGGGCUCCGGGGGUCGCCCCGCUCUGUGCCAGGGACCCCCCCCGGCUGUGCGCCAGCGCUCCGUGUCGCAACGGGGGCACGUGUCGCGAGGGCUGGAACCGAUUCGUGUGCGACUGUCGCGGCACCGGGUACCUGGGGCCGCGCUGCGAGACAGAGGCGGCGGUGCUGAGCUAUGACGGCAGCAUGUACCUGAAGGUGCAGGUGCCGGGCGAGCAGACGGAGGCCGAGGACGUGUCCCUGCGCUUCAUGUCCCCCCGAGCCUUCGGCCUCGUCCUGGCCACCACCUCGCGCCACUCGGCCGACACCCUGCGCCUCGAGCUGGACGGGGGGCGCAUGAAGCUCACCCUCAACCUGGACUGUGUCCGCGUGGGCUGUCACCCCAGCAAGGGCCCCGAGACGCUGUUCGCGGGGCAGCGGCUGGAUGACAACGAGUGGCACUCGGUGCGGGUGGCCCGGCGCGGGCGCAGCCUCCAGCUCGCCGUCGACAACGUCACCGUCGAAGGACAGCUGUCGGGCUCUCACACCCGCCUGGAGUUCCACAACAUCGAGACCGGCAUCGUCACCGAGCGCCGCUUCCUGGCCGUGGUCCCCUCCAACUUCCUGGGCCACCUGAGCGGGCUGGUCUUCAACGGGCUGCCCUACCUGGACCUGUGCCGCGACGGUGACAUCAGCUCCUGCGAGCUCAACGCCCGCUUCGGCCGCCGCGCCAUCGUGGCCGACCCGGUGGCCUUCGGGGGCCGCGGCUCCUACGUGGCGCUGGCCACGCUCCAGGCCUUCUCCUCCUUCCACCUCUUCUUCCAGUUCAAGACCACGGCGCCCGACGGCCUCAUCCUCUUCAACGGCGGCAGCGGCUCCGACUUCCUGGUGGUCGAGCUGGUCAAGGGGUACAUCCACUACGUGUUCGACCUGGGCGAGGGCCCCUCGCUCAUGAAGGGCAACUCGGAGCAGCCGCUGCACGACGGGCGCUGGCACGAGGUGGCCGUGGCCCGGGAGGGGGGGGCCCUGCACGGGCUGCGCGUGGACGGGAGACCCGUGACCCAGCACGGGCAGGGCGCCCGCGGGCUGCAGCUCAAGGGUGAGCUGUACGUCGGGGGGGUCAGCCCGGGGCUCCUGGGGCGCCUCCCGCGGCUCGUGGCCUCCCGGGGGGGCUUCCGGGGCUGCCUGGCCUCGCUGGACCUGAACGGGCGCCUGCCCGACCUGCUGGGGGACGCCCUGAGACGCGUGGGGGACGUGAGGAGGGGCUGCGACGGCCCCAGCACGACGUGCGCCGAGGACUCGUGUGCCCACGGGGGGGUCUGCCUGCAGCAGUGGGACGGCUUCACCUGCGACUGCAGCAUGACGGCCUUCGGGGGGGCCGGCUGUGCCGAGC